GGCCCUGUCAGGCUGGGAGGGAGCUAUCCCUGCCUGACUCUGGAGAGAGCAGCCACUGAGGCGACCCACAGCCACCAUGAAAUUGCUUCAAGUAACCAUCCUUUGUCUUCUGUCCUGUCUUUAUAGCAGUGACGGCACAGCAAACCUUUCUUCAUCUUCAACAACAGUUAAUGCAGCAAACACAUCUGAAUUGACACCAAAGACAACAUUCUUCCCAAGUCCUGUUAUGACAUCAGUAGUUGGAAUAUCUCCUAAAGGAACAACCACCAAGGAAUCCUUAAAAACACCUCCACUGCCAACAGUUCUUUCAUUAACAACAGUUAUAGGUGAAGGAACCACAACCAAUGGUGUUAUGAAGGAGGAGUUCACCAACACAGGUGCAACAGUGAUAAAUCUUUCACUUCCAAAUGCUGUUUCAACAUUUCAAAGUUCCCAACACAAGACUGAGAAUCAGAGUUUAACCAAAACAACAGAAAGACCAGUUAACACUCUGCCACCAAAUGCAUCACCUUCUAACACCAGUAUAUUACCCUCAAAAACAAUAUCAAUUCCAGAAAACAUCUCACAGUCUCAAGGCACUGAGAAUGCAAAAAAUGCAAGCUCUUCUUCAGCCAGCCCCUCUUAUUCCAGUAUUAUUUUGCCAGUGGUUAUUGUUCUGAUUGUGAUAACACUUUCAGUGUUUGUUCUUGUGGGUUUGUAUCGAAUGUGCUGGAAGACAGACCCAGGCACUCCAGAAAAUGGAAAUGACCAACCUCAAUCUGAUAAAGAGAGUGUGAAGCUUCUCACUGUUAAGACAAUUUCUCAUGAGCCCGGUGAGCACUCUGCACAAGGGAAAACCAAGAACUGACAGAUUGAUGAAUCCUCCCCACACCUGAGCAAUAAAUAUGCUUAAUCUUCAGCUUCUAUGCUCCAGGGAUAGAAAGAGAGAAAGCCCUGUGGGAUAUAUCCUGACUUCCAAUCCUGCUCGCCUGUCUGCACCAGUCACCUGUCCCAGUAAAGUGAUGUCCAGAUAACAUGCAAUAAUUUGAUAGAAUCAAAAAGAAUCCUGGACCUCUCCUGUCCUUUGAAACAUAAAAAAGCACAUUAGUACAGGUUAUAGGAACAUUCCCAGGAGAGAAAAUUUUAGAAUGGGCAUUUUUAAGCAGGUAACCUGAUGGCCCAGGCAGGUGGGUUCACUGAUGACAUGACUUUCCCUUGAGUUUGAAGUUUCCAGAGCUGAUGGUUUUUAUCCACGGGGACUUUUCUAUUUUCUUGGUGUUCUUUUAUUGCCUAAUGUUUGUAUUUAUUAUUUUCCACUACGUUAAUGCAGGGAAAUUUUGCAAGUGUAUUAUUAAAUAUUAGGUAGCAGUCAUGCCAUGCCACUUUAUACAUAAAGAUAUUUUAUUCAUAUUUUCAAGUGUUACUUUUAAUAAAUAAUUACUGUACUCAACACACUAAAAAUAUCACAAUGUGACUGUGAAAAUGGCAAUGGUUUUGUCUUCCCAUAAUUAUGAAUAUUUUGGGGUUGGUUUUUAGAAUAUGAGAACUCCCUAAUGAAAGGCAUCUGUAGUAACUGAGAAAGAGACAAAGGAUUCACGAAUCAGACCCUUUUAAAGGGAAGUCAAUUUAUGAGUUCUUUGGUCUUUCUAUUUGUAAUUCACACUAUGUGACAAGGAUGUAAGGACAUUUAUGACAUGCUGUACUGCUUUCAUUAAGAAGGUAAAGGAAUUGAGAUUAUUUUCAUAAUCCAUUUGGUUGAUGGAAUCUCUGCGUUUUUUAUUUCUUUUAGAAAUGUAAUGAUCUGUUCUAGCAAUCAUUGUUAAGUCUCCUGCUUGUAGAAACCAACACUUCAAAAAUACAUAAUUGUGAUACUGUUUUUCAGUGUAUCACUUUGCUAAAAAUACCAUAUGAUUGUAACUGCCACUCCAUCAGAAGCAAAUUCUUCUGUGGAAAGCUGACUGAUCAACCCUGACCACUCUGUGUAUACAUGUGAUUAAAAGGUCAUGUUCGUUAAAGUUCUGUGGAAAAUUCUCAAACUAGUAAGCUGCCGAUGGCAGCUUUUUAACUUUUAUCAUUACCUAAGCUGAUUUUAAUGCUAAAUUAUCUUAGUGUGGAUAAUGUAGUGGUGAUGAAACAGUAUAUUUAAAACUGACUUUUUAAUGUCUUUGUUGCAAUGUAUUUGAAAGCAUUCAGCUUUGAGGGUUAUAUAUAUAAUCAUCUUGGUUUUAGCUCCCCGAUAUCUGGAUCAUUUAUAAACAAGGACACCAAGCAAGCAUGUCCAUAUUUCUGACUGGAAUCUCUUUAUGUUUCUUUGAGAUGAAAGAUGGGAAAUAGGGAAAAGAGUAAAGCAGUAGGGCAGAGAAAGGGCACAGCUCUCCAAUACAUACACUUGCCAUUGAAGGGUGCUUUGCCCAGGCUUACCUCUAAUUUAGAAGUCUUUAAAUGCUGUAACAGUGGCUGGAGCAUGCCAACUAUGGAGCAUGUGUCUUCUUAAGGAAAAUAUUCCAACACCCCUAGAAUGUCUUACUGAACUCCUCCUCAGAAGCCUUGUUACACAGAAUGUACUGCAAAGAUGCAAACCCUCCUGCAAUGUCAAUUACAACAUGUGGUAUGUUAUAUGUUAUCUUGGGUUCGAAAGAGACCAUGUUCUUCAGUUUUUGUAAAUAUUGUUGAAAGGGAGUUUACAAGGAUCAGGAAGAAGGAAAUCUUUUUAAUGGUUGUGAAAAAACUAAAUUCAGUCUAGUUCAAGAACUAUACAUAAAAAUAUAUGUUGUCUAACAACUAUAGCAUUCAAUCUUUAAAAAGUCAAAAUGAUAAAAACAUUGAGGAAUUUGCAGAGAUAUUCCUGACAUUUUCAAUAUCAGUCUCAGAGGUAAUGUCUGCAUUUUUAUAAAUCAACUUAAAACUUCUGUUGAUGUAAGGUAUUUUGUUUUCAAGCCAAAAAUAUCACCAAUCAGAUUUUUUUAAUUAUCUGAUUUUGAUGAGCUACUUUUUAUGCCUGACUUCUUGUAAGCUUUUCAUUCUGACAUACAGUUCAAAUGUCACUGCAGCAAAGGAAAGACUGCAUUUAGAUUAAAGGCAAACCUUUCUGUGUGUUUGUUCUGCAUGACAAUAUGAAUAUAAUUUGUCUAUCAAUAGUCAUAACAUAAACAAGAGCUAAUUAACUGGCACCAUUGUCAUCUGAGAAUAAGUGGAUAUUGUUGGCUAACACACUCGCUGUGAUCAGCCAGCAGAGAAAGACUUCUAAAUUCCCCUUGCUGAGCUGAAAUAUUCCAUUACAUAUUUGACAAAUCUGUCUUAUUUCUUGUCUAUCUGCCUUGCUUACAUUCAUGAGGACCAAAUUUGGACAUCGAUGAACCUUCAACAAUGAACAUUCUAGCUUUCCCUCAUUUUUCUCUAUUGAGCCUUAUUUGUGAUUAUCAAGAUAUUUUAUGGGCUUCUAAAAAGAAAACUGGAUAUGUCCUCUAAAAAUUGUGUUUUGAGUGAUGAUACUCUCAAGAUUAUGAAACUGUUAAUUAUUGCCUAAUAUUAAAGACAUCCAUCAUUGUGAUUAACUAAAUAACAGGUUCCAUGAACAGAAUUUGUGAUGGAUUAUCCACAGAUAUUCCCUUAAAAAUUUUCUCACAAAUAAGACUUCUCAUAUUCCAUUACAUUAAAUGAGUAUACUUUGUCCUUGCUUCAAGGGGAUUUGUCCUCUGGGACUGAAUAUACCUGUGUCCUGUUCUGAAUACUUAUUAAAUGAAAAACAGUUUUGAUAAAUAAUGGAAAAACAUCUAUCUUACCCAUCAGUAUUCAGUUCCUGAACUUGAAGUCAGAAUUCUACCAAAGUGAUCAUGGGCAAUGUCAUUAGUCAGAUGACACCAUACCCAAGACUCACUGUGUGCCAGGCACUGUGAUAAAAAAUUUCAUAUUCAUCAUUUCAGUUAUCAUCACAAUAAUGGUAAGAGAUAAUUUCUAAUAUUAUUAUUUUUAUUAUUUUUGCUAUCAUCAUCAUUAUAAGCAUAUUCAUUUUAAAGACAUGGAAACCAAGACAUAAAGUUAAAUAAUUUACUCAAGAUUGUACAAAUAGCAGAAAACUGGAUUCCAACCUAAAUGUCAAGUCCCUGUUCUUCAUCACUAUAGUACUUGGUCUUUCUAGUCUGUUUACUUAUCUAUAAAAAAGGGUAAAAAGCAUUAUGCUCCUGGCCACAGUUAAGAGGAACCAUAUUUAUCAUCCCACUGUAAACAAUUUAGAAACUGAACAACUGUUUCAGACUGCGGACAAAAGGCAGAGCUGGACUGUGAACCAUGAAAAGAGAAAAACAAAAUUAUGAGCCCUAUGAAAGUCUCCAGUUUGACACAUUUCAGACCAGCUGCAUAGAGGAGGAGGACCCCUAAAUAGAACCUGAUAGUCAUACUGAGUUGAGGAGACAUAAAUUGCAAGGUGACUAAGGGACUUGGAAGUUGUGGGGCAGAGUACCAGAGAAGAGGGACCUACAUAAAGACCUCAAAAAAUCUGCAUGUAAGUGACUCUGUAUCUUUUGAUAAUGGAAUAUUAAUCUGUGCAAACACGUGAGGCAAAACUCCCUGAAACCAAACAAAGAAUUCCUGAGCAGCUAUAUGUUGAAAAUUCCUGGAUGUCGUACAGGGCAGAAAGACACUCGAGGUCUGACCAACCAUGUUGGAAAAUUCUCACUGGUCACCUUGAUUAAUGUUCCCCGGAUAGUCAUACCUUAAUAGUUGUGCUGAAAUACCCUCUAGAGUAAAGAUGACUCUAGAUACAUCCUAAUACAGUCUAAAGGUAAGCCCUAAAACAACGAAGCCACUAAUCCACAACAUACUCAAAGGCCUCCCAGAACAAAGUCUGAAAAAUCUUUUAUAGAGACAACAAAAUACAGCAAAACAACAAAUCAGCACACAAGUUCCAAAUAUUCCUCCUCCAAUCUAAAAUGGCAUAGAUGCCCCCAGAGAAGUAAAUUGUGAACCAUAAUCAUGAGAUAAAUUAGUUCAAAAAAAUGGACUCAGAAAUGCCAGAGGAUGAAUACCUCACAAGUAAUUCCAUAAGGCUCGUAUUAUCCUGGCAGCAAGACCAGCCAAAGACAUUACAAGAAAGAAAAAGAAAAAAAAAAAGAAACAAUCAUAUAGUCUAGUAGCCCUCAUGCACCUACCAACACCAUUAAUUAUGGCAAAUAAAAUUCAACAAUAUAAGUGAAACUAAUCCCAAGAAUCCAAGUUGUCUAACAUUUGAAAAUCAGUCAUUGUAAUUCAACAUAUUAAAAGAAUAAAGGAGAGUCAGAAAUUCCAUAGCCUGAUCCGGACGCCAAGAAAAUGUUUGCUUUCAUGAGGCUAUGGAGGGCUAUGCAGCGCCUCACUUCAUCCGGAAACAAAAUCCAGACUCGGGACAUAUUUAGUGACAAAGAUCGCACCCGGGCCAAAUGCAGCUGCGCACAGUCGCAUUUCUGUCCUCGCCCCCGAAAUCCUGCAGAACAAACGGUCGUGGCGGCCGCGACGUUAGGUUUGUGCACUCGCUGUCUUUUGGCAGCAGCAGCAAAGCGAAGGCUCCUGGCUGCGUAUGUUCACUGGGAAUCCAGCUCCUCCAGGGCUGUGAUCACCCAUCCGCUGUGGCAGAAAAGCGGACACGGGGACCGACUAUAUGCUGGCAGGAAGACCCAGAUCUGGAGGAUGAGAACCUGUACGAGAAGAAUCCAGACUCCCACGGUUAUGACAAGGACCCUGUUGUGGACCUCUGAAACAUGCGGGGGUGCCUUCUUCUUUGGUGUCUCCAUCGUCUUGGUCCUUGGCAGCACCUUUGUGGCUUAUCUGCCUGACUACAGGAUGCACGAGUGGGCCCGCAGGGAAGCUGAGAGGCUUGUGAAAUACCGAGAGGCCAGCGGUCUCCCCAUCAUGAAAUCCAACUGCUUUGACUCUAGCUGGAUGAAGACUGACCAGUUUCUGAGUGGAGCUCAAGAAGCACCAUCUUCUCCACACCCUGCCUGCUGUUCUGUCCUCUCCUCAAAGCACCUAAUUAAAAGGACUGAAAGUCAAAAAA